AAAAGGGAGGAGGAGGAAGAAGAAGGAGGAGGAGGAGGAGGAGGAGGAGGAGGAAGAGGCGGCGGCACAGGCCUGGCAAAGCCGCCUAAUAUUGACGGGUUCCGCCUCCUACGCAAAGUGGGACAACACCAAUUACGAGAAGGAGGAGGGGCGAAAGGGACCACGCGCAACCGCCGUAAGCCCUGAGGAUGGAAUUUGGAGUCUGCCCUUUGCCUAAAGAUAAACCUGAUUGUCCCGGGUGCUGACGCUUUCCCCCUGCUCGGCGGUGAUCAGAGCAGCUCCCUGGUGGGUGCAGCCGGCCUGGCCCAAGCUCCAUGCACUGCUGUGGCCCCGACCAGAGUCAAAGAUGAUUCUUCUGGCGGUGCUUUUCGUCUGCUUCUUUUCCUCGUACUCGGCGUCUGUUAAAGGACACACAACUGGACUCUCCUUGAACAAUGACAGGCUGUAUAAGCUCACAUACUCCACUGAAGUGUUUGUUAACCAGGUUGGAGAACCACUUCAGGACAGUGCAGGCUACAAAAUUUCUUCCAAUGUGGAUGUUGUACUACUGUGGAGGAAUCCAGAUGGGGACGAUGACCAGCUGAUUAAAGUCACGAUAAAAGACGUUAAUGUUGAGAAUGUGAAUCAAAGAGAAGGAGAAAAGAACAUCUUCAAGGGAAAAAAAAUCUCUAAAAUCAUAGGAAAAGAUAAUUUGCCAGCUUUGCAGACACCAAUGCUUCUCCAUUUGACUAGGGGAAAGGUUACAGACUACUACUCAUAUCCAAAUGAACCAGUGAGUAUACAGAAUCUCAAAAGAGGACUGGCCAGCCUGUUUCAGAUGCAGUUAACCUCUGGGACCUCCGAUGAGGUGGACAUUUCUGGGAAUUGCAAAGUGACCUAUCAGGCCCAUCAUGAUAAAGUGACCAAAAUUAAGGCCCUGGAUACCUGCAAAACCGAAAUGCCUGGAUUUACCACCCAGAAUAAGGUUUUAGGCAUCAGUUCCAAAGCAGUAUCUGUGACCACUUACAAGAUCGAAGAUAGUUUUGUCACAGCAGUCUUAGCGGAAGAGACCUAUGGUUUUAGUCUUAAUUUCCUGAGAAAGGCUACAGGCAAAGUAGUAUCCAGGCAGAAAUUGGAGCUGAAGACAACAGCGGCAGGCCCGGGACUGAUGCCUGGAAAAAAAGUUGCUGCCGUGGUUAAGGCUGUGGAUUCAAAUUACAAAUCCAUGCCCUUGGUGGGGCAGCUCUUUGAGAGCGAGUGCAAGCGAUGCCCUUCCCUUUCUGAGUUCUGGCAGACUGCAAGAAAGCAACUACAGCCUGACAACCUGGCCAAAGCUGAAUCUCCCAGAAGCUUCAUUGACCUAAUUCAUCACCUCCGGGCAGCUAAGAAAGAGGAUAUUCUUCAGAUUCUCAAAAGUGAAAACAAAGAAGUACUGCCUCAGCUGGUGGAUGCCGUAACAUCUGCUCAGACGCCAGAUUCUUUGGAAGCCAUACUGGAGUUUCUGAAUUUCAAAAGUGAAAGUGAUAUUAUUCUCCAAGAGCGCUUUCUUUAUGCCUGUGGUUUUGCUUCCCAUCCCAGUGAAGCACUCCUAAAAGCUCUGCUUAAGACAUUCAAGAAUCCCAUUGGAAGCAAUGACAUCAGAGAAACAGUUGUCAUCGUCAUUGGUGCCCUCAUCAGGAAACUGUGCCAGCAGGAAGCCUGCAAAGCCCCAGCAGUGGUGGAAGCCAAGAAACUGAUCCUAGGAGGUCUUGAAAAAGCAGAGAAAAAGGAGGACAUUAAGAUGUAUCUGUUAGCUCUGAAGAAUGCGCUUCUUCCUGAAGGGAUCCCAUUGCUGCUGAAACAUGUGGAAUCAGAUGAUGGGCCCAUCAGCCACCUGGCAGCAACAUCUCUUCAGCGAUAUGAAAGCUCUUUCAUCACCAAUGAAGUGAAGACGGUGCUGAACAGGAUCUACCACCAGAAUCGGAAGGUCCAUGAGAAGACGGUGCGCACCACCGCGGCGGCCAUCAUCCUGAAUAAUAACCCUUCUUACAUGGAAGUCAAAAACCUUCUGCUUUCUAUCGGCGAGCUCCCCAAAGAAAUGAGCAAAUACAUGCUUUCUGUGAUCCAGGACAUCCUGCGCUUUCAGUCGCCUGCCAGCAAAAUGGUCCGUCGAGUCCUAAAGGAGAUGGUAACUCACAAUUAUGACCGCUUUGCGAAGAGUGGUUCCUCCUCUGCCUAUACAGGCUAUGUGGAACGUGAUCCUCAUAGAGCAUCCACAUAUAGCCUUGAUAUUCUCUACUCUGGCUCUGGUAUUUUGAGAAGAAGUAACCUGAACAUCUUUCAGUACAUGGAGAAUACUCACCUUCAUGCUAGCCAGGUGGUUAUUGAAGCUCAAGGAUUAGAAGCCUUGAUUGCAGCCACCCCUGAUGAGGGUGAGGAGAACCUUGAUUCCUUUGCCGGCAUGUCUGCCAUCCUGUUUGACGUUCAGCUUAGACCUGUCACUUUUUUCAAUGGCUAUAGUGACUUGAUGGCCAAAGUGCUCUCAGCAUCUGGCGACCCCGUCAGUGUGGUGAAAGGACUUAUUCUUCUGACGGACCAUUCACAGGUGAUUCAGUUGCAGUCUGGUCUGAAAGCCAAUGUGGAGUUCCAGGGAGGUCUGGCUAUUGAUAUUUCAGGUGCAAUGGAGUUCAGCCUGUGGUACCGUGAGUCUAAAACCCGAGUGAAAAAUCGGGUGGCUGUAGUAGUGACUGGCGACAUCACAGUGGAUUCCUCUUUUGUGAAGGCCGGCUUAGAAUCCAGGUUUGAAACCGAAGCAGGACUAGAGUUUAUAUCCACAGUGCAAUUUUCACAGUAUCCUUUCUUGGUCUGCAUGCAAAUGGAUAAAGAUGAGGCACCUUUCAGGCAAUACGUGACUAAGUAUGAAAGACUUGUGACGGGCAGGGGCUACGUCUCCCGAAAAGGAAAAGAAAAGCUGUUUGCUGGAUCCGAAUUUCCUCUUCAUCAAGAGAACUCUGACAUGUGCAAGGUGGUUUUUGCACCACAGGCCGAGAACUCCUCAGAUGGCUGGUUUUGAACCCAACGCCUGAUAGAUUUCACUUGAAUCUGUGUGUCCAUUCAGGAGACACUGUGUGGCACGGCCCGGUACUUGCUCCCUGAGAGCACAGUGUUUACAUAUUUACGUGUAUUUAAGAAUUUUGUAAAAAGUUACGAGAGAAAAAUAAUUGAAUCUGUCAAUGCCAGUAUACUCUCAAUGUUGUUUUGGGACAAACAACCACACAAAAAGGGUGAUGAUUUCCAUGUUGUUCCUGGUUUUCUAGAACACUUCUUAAUAUUCAUUUGCUCUUGACCUGAUGUAAGAAGAGCUUUGCUACAAGCAGAUAUGCUAUUUGUAAAUUGUAAAUUUGUAAAAAACAAAAAACACAAAACUGACAAGGUGUCAGUUUUCCCAGGAAUUUUCACGUUUAAAUUCAUGUUGCUUUUUACCAACUAAAUUGUCUAAUCAGGAAGAAAUAGGCUGCUGUUUUUUAUAAGCCUUUUGAUGGCCCAUCUGCCUAAUUAAUAUUUAUCUGUUUGGUUGUUAAGUUUAUUUUUUAUUUUAAGAAUUAUAUGGGUAGUAGACACUCAGAGCUAAAUGAUGAAUGCUUAUCUCUCUGUUGACCAUGGGUGAUUAUUUCUCUUACAAAAGGAGCCUCUUUGGUUGUCCUCCUUCUCCCUCCAUAACACAUUGGGGUUUAGAGUAUAGGAACCAGAAAAGUCAGUUUUGAAAACCCCAUCAGAUUUACCUUACAUUGUAUCAGUCUCUUUGAGCCUUAAAUGUGUACCCGGUCCUCUUAAAGGAAAUUCUUUUAUAUCAACCCUUUUGACUUCAUUGCUGCGCUUGGUUUAGUCCCCAAUAUCCCUUGCAUCUGUUCCCUUCUUUCCACCACACUGGCUCAGACCCUCACUUGGACUGUUCCAACAGCCUCCUAGUUGGACUCCCACCUUCUGGUCUUUGCUACCUCCAAUUCAUCCUCUACUGUACUGUCACAGUAAUUAUGAAGGCACAAAUCUGACUGUGAUCAUGGAAAUCUACUCUACUCCUAACCCUCCCCACCUUUAAUAGCUUCCUAAUGUCUAGGAUAAAAUUCAAAUAAUUCAGUUUGGCAUCUUUGCAACCAGCUCUGUUUUAACUUUCCAAACAUCCCUUAUUUCUCCCCUUCACGUGCUAUUUUCUAGCAGAAUGACUUAUUUUCUCAACUUGGCAUUGCAUCCUGCACUCUCCCCAUGCCUGGAAUGCACUCCUUCCUGGCUUUUGCCUCAUCUUGCUAAGAACUCCUAGCUUCUUUCCAGGCCUCUCUUCCUCUGAGAGGAAGCAUCUCCUGAUCUCCCUCAUUCUUAGUGCUGUCUCCUUCCUCAUUUUACCUUGCAUUUCUUUCUAUGUUUACUCUCUUCAUCCUCCAGUGGAAUGUAAGCUCUUUGAAAGCAGGGACUAUCUCUCAUCUCUGUCUUUAGAUCCCCAGUGCCUAACAUAAUGCCUUACACAUACUAGAUGCUUAUUGAAUGUUGGAUUUAAUUAAACUGACAGCAUGGACCAGUUUGUCACCACAAGGUGCAGACUUACAAAAAUGGUGAGAGAAUUCACUUUAAUAGGCAUAUCUGAACUACAGACAUAACCUACUCAGGAAACUGGAUUUCUGGGAAAUGAGACCAAAAAAGAAUUAUCUGUCUGUAUAAGAAUAAAAAGAAAACCUUAACAGGUG